AUGAAGACUUUGGAAAGCCUCACAGCACAGUAUCGCCCGGGCUCGUUGACAGGUAGAACUUUAGAGGACCUUUCUCGCCUUGGAGGAGAAAGCAUAUUGUCAAAGCUUCCCCCCCGAUACUUUCCUGGGACACUGAAGCUUCCAACUUGUAUCGCAGCAACCGUUAACGCAUUGAUAACACAUGGUACCGCUCUUCCAUUUAUCCACAGGGAGCCGGGCAAACCAGAGUUGAUUAACGCUUUGUACAGCUAUUAUGCAGGGCAAGUUUUGGGUGCGGAGAAGCUUAAGUAUAAGAUCAACAAGACCAUGAGACCGAUAGACCUCCCCAUGGAACAGAUAAAUGCUCGCGAACGUGGCCGAGCCGACAAGUAUAUGCAUGUCAUAUCUACUGUGCUCAAACACUUUCUUGCUGAGAUUCCUGGGGGCAUAUUCGGUUCCGUACGCUUAUUCCACGCGCUAGAGGGGAUAUAUGCGAAUGAAUUUUCGCAUAUGAGUAGUCGCUACGACCCCGGCCGAAAGCAUUAUUUGCCGGAAAUAGCGCCUUCUCUAGCAGCUAAAGUCAGAAUGAUCGCGCUUGCAAUGAUGGCAUUGACAACUGAUGCACAGUUGGAGCUCAUUUUCUCCAUUUUUGGUUUGCUCGCAGUAACGGCAGAUGAAUCUCAUGUAAUGAAACAAUUUCACUAUGAUUGUCUCCACCCAAAAUUGGAAUGUGAUCGCUGUGCAGGGCUCACAGACUCUAUCCAGCUGGGAGAAGACUUUGGACAUCUUUUGUGUGGAAUUCGAGAACCUGAAUCGGCGGUGGGAUGCAAAACCUAUCAGGAGACACAUGCUGCCAAUAUCGCUACAAUGUUGAUUAUCCUGUGGAAAGAUAUUUCACGGCAGUUCUGCCGGUGGGAGCUCAUUGAAGCUUGA